UAUAGUCCUUUAGAAUUCAACUACCAAAAAAAUUUGCCAACAUUUGACGAGUUAAACGAGAUGUUAUAAGCGCGAUAAAAUUUGAGGCAACGCGAAUUCACUUUUCAAGUGACUUUUUCGUAGUCGUUGCCGUCGUUGUUGCUUAAGCUCCCUAUUUCUCUGUGUAGAGAGGAAAGUGGGGAGGAGGGAGGAGUGUGAUGAAAGGGGCCGGAAGGUGCUUACCCACUUUCCACCGUCUUUAGGCAGUUUAAGCAGCGACGUUUUUAACCGGAAGUGAAUCUUUUUUCUUGCAAUAUGCCUUGGCACCACCAAAUUUGUUGUAUUUCUAUGUGUCUUUUCCCUUAUGUGUUCAAAACUACGGCUCGAGAGUGUAAAAAGUACACUUCCGGUUGACGUACGUCCCUCCAAAACGUCGCUGCUUAAAUUCCCUUUUAUUUUUCUGCACACCUCCAAGGCUGCUUCCUAUUCCUCCUUUGUACAAAGGUUAAGAGAGUUGUAGUGGAACAGAACUCGUUGUUCUUCUUUAAUACAUUGAAGCAAACCUUAGGGCGGAGCUCCCGUCCAUAAUAGUGGACCUUGGAAAUGAACAGACUGUUAGACGUUUUCCAAUUCGUAGCCAUCGCUGUCGCCGUCCUUGUUGCUUGUUGCAGGCAGUAAAUUGUCUGGAUAGGGCCAAGCUCUGUAGAUAGGCUGGUUUACUAACGUUGGUUUGCAACGUCCCGAGUAGAAAAUAGAGGCGGCUGAAACAAUCCAGAUUAUUAUAUGGAAAUCAGGCUUAAGGUUUAAUCCUUUAUGUCCCACGAGUGACCAACAUUAAUUAUCUCCUAACAAUAUUAGUACAUAAUCAAGAGACCAGGUUAUGAGAAUUAAUAAAAUCAUCACUUAAGUGAAGAUGCUUUGAUCUUAAAUCAUAUUCUCUCAACUAGUUUUUCAAGGAAAUGUAUGGAGAUCAGUGUGGAGAAUUUUUGUGUUGAUAUUGGGACGUAAGGAUUAACCGUACAGUUUAAAGGAGCAAUUUUGCUACCCUGCAGAACAGUCGUUAUUUUUCGCGUUUUCAGGCAUGCGCGAAGCGGGCAUGGAGCACGAGACAGUGCGGCGGGGGUAGACGCAGAAAUUGUAAAAGGAGCAAUUUUGCUACCCUGCAGAACAGUCGUUAUUUUUCGCGUUUUCAGGCAUGCGCGAAGCGGGCAUGGAGCACGAGACAGUGCGGCGGGGGAAGACGCAGAAAUUGUUUCUUUAUUAUUAUUUUUCUGCGCUUUUCCCUGUCGCGCUUGUUUCGCGUUCCACGCCCUCUUAAACGCGAAAAACAAGCGCCCGUCCUGCAUGCUACAGUUGUACAGACAGAAGGAACAAAGAGCAAACUGCUGUGAUAAACAUAUAAGGAAAUAUAAACGCAUUUUUCUUUAUCGCCGCUGUUUGCUUUUUGUUUCUUCUUCAGCUUAGAUGGCCAAAAAACAAGCGUAUCUACGAUGCACUGACAAAAUUCAUCAUUUCAUUUGUUACAGGUUGGUGUGAAUUACAAGAAUCCCAAUUAUCCUAUUUGGGUGAUAUGCAGCGAGAGUCACUUCAGUGUCUUGUUCUCUAUCGACAGAAACCUCUUGGACGACUGGUAAGCUUAUAGUGACUAGUAAAUGGCCGUAUUUACACAAGAGACGGAUUAUCCGUCUGAGACGGGUUAUCCGUUGGAUAAUUCGCGUCGGACAGAUAAUACGUCUUAAUUUGAAAAUGGAACGGUCUUAAUUUUGGAUGGACAAUCCGCCUGACUUCAUCCAUCUGUAUUUCGGUCAAUUUUGACGGAUUUUCAAGAUGGAUUAUCCGUCUCAAACGGAUAAUCCGUCUCCAGUGUGAAAACAGCCAUUGAUACUAGCCAAUUUACGGCAUUUGAACUUAUCAGCCUGUUUUUAUUCUUCCUAAAUACUUGUAUUCUUUGAUGUCGUCACUAAAAGCCUGUUAUGUGGUAAUGAGGAGUUUUAUUCCUUCCGUUUUACUAAAAACACUGAUGGUGUAAAAGAGAUACUACAUCCUGGUCACUUGUAGUGCUUUACCGAAGGGUUAGAAAAUUACUUCUAUCAGCGACCAGUUUACAAGCAAAUGAUGAUAGUCGGACACCAACUGUAUGAAGAGUGGGAAACUGUCCACCUACCCCUCCCCUAAACCAACAUUAACACUUACCUCUCACUCAGGGCAAAAUGUUGCCUUAGGAGAAGGGUAGGUGGGCAGUCUCCCAGAAACGUAUAAUGAUCGGAUCAAAGCGUGCAAACUAAGAGGCAACAUUUUGGUAUUGAGAUUUCUGGCUUACUGACAACCAACCCCUCUCCUAAGGCGACGUUAACUUUUAUUUCUCACUAAGGGCAAAAUUGUUACAUAGGGGAGGGGUAGGUGGUCGAAGCUUUGGGCACCUCCAAGGGAAAUUGGACCCAGAGUACUCUUGUUAGACGCUUGUACUAAGCUUAGCUAGCCAUGGUGCCCACACGACCGAGGCGUCUCCCAGUCUCUUUAGUAUGAGAAACCUGGGUGUAAUGCUUUCCUCCCCCGCAUCUCCCCCGCUAGAAAAGGAAACGUCUGCAUGUAGGCUAUGGAAGGGUUACCGCUAGCAGGAUGUCGCCGGGUUCCGUUAAUACACCUGAGUGAGGAGAGACCACGUUAAGGAAUGAACGCGAUGGCAGGGCUUGAACCCCGAACUACGGAUCCGAAGCCAGAGGUCCUUGCAGGCCGGAAGUCUUAGUCAUAAUUGUUGAAACACUCGCCGAUUUCUUCAGUGUUUAUACAAAAAAGUUUAAGCAAUCUCUUGAAACCAACACUGGGACAAGGAGAGCUCAAGGGAAUCAGAGCGUGUAUUCGUGGAAUGACUUGGUUUAUCUUGUUUUUUCAAGAUUAUGAUAAAUUCAAGUGAUAGUCAUUGCAGGAUUAGAUGUGUGUAUAAUGUGCUAUCUAACUGCAAUAUACUCGUCGACGUAGGCUAGCGAUUGAUUGAUUGAUUGAUUGAUUGAUUGAUUGAUUGAUCGAUCGAUUGAUAUAUUAACUGAUUGACCAAUUGACUGUUGAUAUACACAGGAGGUUAGAGAAGAAGUUUGACCUUUAUUACUAUGAUGGUCUGGCACGGCAGGAUGAGGAGUUAAGAUUGACAGUUGGUGAGCAAGCAUUACUUCCUGAAACUGUCGUAGUGUAACUUAUAUGGUCUUGCUUGGGUAAAUAGCUGUUACAGGCUAGGUAAUGAUGUAGAAAAAAGGUAUUUCAAGUUCAUGAAAAAGUCAAGGAAGUUAUUUUGAGUCAGGAUAAAUUAAAAUUCUGCAGAAAUGCUAAGGGCAAAUUUGAAAUUAUAAAACCACUGGUUUAAUACCAUUUACAUUUGUAAAAACGUAUUCAGGCUAAUUCAAUUUCAGAGAUGUCUUUCGUUAAUGAAAUUACGAUAGCGUCCCUGUAUUAUGAAUGACAUCAUCCUAUUUCAAUUGAAAAAGAGAAGCAGGCGUUUUGCAAAUAAAACAAAAAGAAAGAAAAGAAAAAAAUCAACAUUAUGAAAGCGUUUUACAAAGUUGCGUUUUAGGUGCCGGAAAACGCCGUUUUCUUGUGAACUGCCGAAGACUUAAAGGAAGAAAAAAAUGGUUUCAAAAAUAUUCGGAUACGUGUGCACGGAGCCUGAAAGUAAUUUCAUCUUUCUCUUGAUAAAGAUACAACAAAAGAAUGCCCAGAAUACAAGGACACUGAUCUUGUGCCUCCACUGGAACUCUGCAUACGAACAAGGUGAGACCACGUGACAGAGUUCAUUGUCAGAAAAGUGGCCUUUUGCAUUUGGCCGCGUGGUAUAAAAACACCAUUAUAAGAGGCAAGAAAGCUACUUGGACAAGAAAGAGAACAUAAAUUUCCAAAUAAAAUAAUAUAAGGUCUGUUUUUCUUGUCGUCUUAGUGCUUUUCUUGUUCUCCAUAGUUUUUGUACCCCGUCAUUGAUGAGCUUCAAACGGCCCAUUAUGGGAUCAUUCUUUAACACAGAAGUGCAUUUCAAGGCUCAUUUUCAACCAUCAGGCAAUGUGUCUCGUCAUUCAAAUUAAACCUCGUCAGCCCUACUUUCACACUUUUCUAUAUCUUGAGUGUGUAGUUCUAAAUUUUUAAGUCUGUGGAUGAAAUCCUAGCUACGGCGGUACCAUUCAAUUGAACCUCUUUAGCAGUACAUGUACUUGCAGAUGUUUCUUGUAAUUUAGUAUGUAUCUGUUACGUUUGAGUCCGUGGACGAAGUUCUACGACGUGAUAAUUCAAAAGAAACCUUUUUAGCAGUACUUUCACAUCGUGAUGGUACUUUUUUUGCGUGUUGUGCUUAGUUUGUCGGCAAAUUUUUAAGGUGUUUCUAUCCAAAAACCUAUUGCUUGCUCGUUAAAGGGGUAUUUGGAAUCUCUUUGGUUACGAAAAAUCUAGUCGUUUUAGGAUUUCUUCUACUGACGCAGAAACAGGCGUGUUUGAUGUAUUUGUUGACGUGUCGGGCUGAAUGAAAGUGAGGCAUAUUUCAAGCACAAAGUCAAGAUAUUUUUAACUGAGGUUCUCGCACGCUGAUUGGUCGACCAUAGAAAUGACGUCAAAACGUUCAAAACUUUGCAAUGAAACCACUCGCCUGGGGCUUGUGGUUCCAUUUGAGUUCUGAACCUUUUGACGUCAUUUUUAUAGACGAUAAGAGUACAGACCAUGGAAAAUUGUUGUCGAUUUGUUGAAAUCAGCUUGUAACAUGACGCAGAAUGCAGUAAUUGGCAUGCGAUAAUUUGGCGUCCUUGUCCUAAGAUAGUGGUUAACUAUUAAACCCAUGUGUAUUUUUUUUUACUGAUCGGACAGGUGGAAGAAUGCUGUCAUAGACUGGAAUGGAUCGGAACCUAUCUUAUGA